AUGUGCAGUGUUAAUCUUGUAGACGAAAGUUUUUUUAAAUCAUUACCAACAACUAUUGAUGGAAGGACUAAGGUAAAAAAUCCUUAUACUAAUUUUAUUGACUUUUCAUCUUGUCCCUAUAACAUAAAACUUCUUCAAUUAAAAAGAUUUCCUACCGGUGAAUGUAACAAACUUUGGAAUUUCCUUCUCUUUCUUCUUAGUAACAAAAAAGAUUAUGGAAAAUUACUUUAUUGGUGUGGUCCAUGUGGUUUAUUUAGAAUAUCAAAUAUGAAAGGUUUCCUCAAUUUAUGGAAUCUUUUAAAAACAAAACGUUUACACAAAAAAAAUGAUAUUAUAAAAACAAUUGAAUUUUAUUCAAGAAAGUAUAAAUUUAUUAAAAUAAUUGGUAAACAUCGCCAUGGUAAUUAUUUUUAUAAAUUUGAUCUUAAAUAUUUAAUGGAUUAUCUUAACAAAAAAAUUUAUACUCAAAUGAUUUUAAGAGAAAAUUUAUAUUUAGAUCCUGAUGUUUUUCUUUUAAAAAAUACAAUUAAUAAUAUUGUUUUAAAUUAUGAAAAGUCACUUGAUCAAUAUAAAAAUAAUAAUAUUCUUUUGGGAGAAUUGGAGAGAAGAAAAAAUUUAAUGUUAAAUGAGUCAAAAGCUAUUCUUUGUCAAUUUAUUUCUAAUAAUGAGGGAAAUCAAAAGAAAAUUAAUAUUGGAUUGUCAAUGUUAUGUAAUAUUAAUACUUUAUCUCAAUUUAUCAAUCCACCUAAAGGUAAUCAAAAGUAA